AUGCCUGCUGUCCGCUCUGCCUAUGACCCCAAGGACAUGAAGUUCCGCCACCUGGGACCGACUGGUCUCAAGGUGAGCGUCUUCUCUCUUGGUGGCUGGCUCACCUACGGAGGUACUCAAAAGGGCGAGAUUGUGAAAAAGUGCCUGCAGACCGCCUGGGACCAUGGCAUCAACACCUUUGAUACCGCCGAGACCUAUGCCUCGGGCGAGUCCGAGGUUGAAAUGGGCCAGGCGCUGAAGGAGCUCGACUGGCCGAGGGAUGAGUACGUUUUGACGACCAAGAUUUUCUUCGGUACCGGCCGCAAGGAGCCCAACACCCGUGGUCUGAGCUGGAAGCACAUUGUCGAGGGACUGAAGAGCUCCUUGGAGCGGUUGCAGCAGCCUUACGUCGACAUUGUCUUUGCGCACCGCCCAGACCCCGCCACUCCCAUGAAGGAGAUUGUCGAAGGCUUCACGCAGGCCAUCCGCAAUCUCAACCUUGCCUACUACUGGGGAACCUCGGAGUGGUCCGCCGUCCAGAUCAUGGAGGCCACCCAGAUUGCUGAGAAGUACAACCUUAUUGCCCCAGUAGUCGAGCAGCCCCAGUACAAUGCCUUCCACCGCCAGCGUUUCGAAGUUGAAUACGCUCCUCUGUACAAGCAGUUCCAGUAUGGAACUACAAUCUGGUCGCCGCUCGCCUCUGGUCUGCUGACCGGCAAGUACAACGACGGCAUUCCCGAGGACUCGCGCUACGCCACGAACAAGACCUUCUUCGAGAACAGCAUCAAGCAGCUGCAGACGGACGAGGGAAAGGCCAAGAUUGAGAAGGUCAAGAAGUUGACUGCCAUUGCGGAAAGACUGGGCGGCAACGUGGGACAGCUUUCACUCGCCUGGUGCCUGAAGAACCCCAACGUGAGCACCGUCAUUCUGGGUGCUACCAAGAUUGAGCAGAUUGAGGACAACAUCAAGGCUCUCAAGCUGUCUGACAAGAUUACGCCCGAGAUCUUGGAGGAGAUUGAGUCGAUUCUGGACAACAAGCCCGCUGCUGCUCCUACUUAUGGUCGUGAGAGACUAUAA